CGAUAAAUGGCAGAAGAAACCGCCCUUGAAAGACUACCAUGUCGUUUAAUCGCUUGAAGGAAACCCUCCGCCCCUGCUCCAACUUCUCCGCCUCUUCCUCCACCACUACCGCCGCUGGCGCCUCCCACGCCUCGUCCUCCUAUACACAAUUCCCCCUUUCGAGGAAGCCGCCCAAAUCGUCCCUGUCGCAGCAGCUCCAACGCCUCGACCCCCAGUCCCUCUCCGAUGGCCUCCUAUUCCGUGCGCCCGACCUCGCAAGAAUACGACGAGUAGAAGAGGACAAAGAUGUGGAUGAGGAGGAGGAGGAGGAGGGUGGAGGUGUCGCAGCUACUGCUCGCUUCAACAGUGACGCGUUCCUUCCCCAGUCGGUCGCUUUUGAGGCUCGAGGGCCCUACGAGCCCUUGGUUCUUUCUUCUCCCGGAGAAACGCCUGUUGUUCAGGUUCCUGCAUCGAUUAAUUCAAGGCUUCUUGAACAUCAAAGAGAUGGUGUUAGAUUUUUAUACAAUUUGUACAAGAACAACCAUGGUGGUGUACUUGGAGAUGACAUGGGGCUUGGGAAAACCAUCCAGACCAUAGCUUUUCUUGCUGCUGUUAUUGGAAAAGAUGGUGAACAUGGAGUUCAUGAGAUGGAACAUGUCAUUAAGAAGGGCCCCACGCUGAUCAUCUGUCCAACUUCAGUUAUUCACAACUGGGAAAAUGAGUUUUCUGAAUGGGGAGACUUUAGGGUUGUUGUUUAUCAUGGACCAAAUCGUGCUUUGAUUAUUGAGAAACUCGAAUCUCAUGGUAUAGAGAUACUUAUUACUAGCUUUGACACUUUCAGGGUUCACGAUAAAAUUUUAUGUGAAAUUCCAUGGGAAAUUGUAAUUGUUGAUGAAGCACAUCGCUUGAAGAAUGAAAAAUCACGGUUAUAUAAAGCAUGCUUAGGAAUAAAAACCAGAAAAAGAUUUGGUCUCACUGGAACUAUUAUGCAGAACAGGAUAUUGGAGCUUUUUAAUCUGUUUGAUUGGGUUGCCCCCAGGUCCUUAGGGACUUGGGAACAUUUUCGGGAUUUCUAUGAUGAACCUUUGAAACAUGGUCAGAGGUUAAGUGCUCCAGAAAGAUAUGUCCAAAUUGCCGAUGAGCGGAAACAACAUCUUGUUGCAGUUUUGCAGAAGUACUUGUUAAGAAGGACCAAGGAGGAGACUAUAGGACAUCUUAUGUUAGGGAAAGAAGAUAAUGUUGUCUUUUGUGGAAUGAGUGAGUUGCAAAAGCGAGUUUACAAGAGGAUGUUGGAACAGCCUGAUGUCCAAUGCCUAAUAAAUAAGGAUCUUCUUUGUAGCUGUGGCAGCCCUUUAGCUCAGGUUGAGUGUUGCAAGAAGAUAGUUCCAAAUGGUAUCAUAUGGACGUAUUUGCACAGGGACAAUCCUGAAGGCUGUGAAUCAUGCCCCUUCUGCCUAGUUCUUCCUUGCCUUAUCAAGCUUCAGCAGAUAAGCAAUCAUUUGGAGCUGAUAAAGCCCAAUCCAAAGGAUGAUCUCGAGAAGCAAAAGAAGGAUGCUGAGCUAGUAUCUGCUGUUCUUGGUGCCGAUGUUGACUUGAUCGGUGGCAAUGCUCAAACUGAAAGUUUCAUGGGGCUUAGUGACGUUGAACAUUGUGGAAAAAUGCGGGCAUUGGAGAACCUAUUAUUGUCAUGGACUACAGGCGGUGACAAGAUUCUUCUUUUCAGCUACUCUGUCAGGAUGCUGGACAUACUGGAGAAGUUUCUUAUAAGGAAAGGCUACUGCUUUUCCAGGCUUGAUGGUUCAACUCCAAUGAGCAUACGUCAAUCACUUGUUGAUGACUUCAACAAAAGUCCAAGUAAACAGGUAUUCCUGAUAUCCACUCGUGCUGGCGGUUUGGGUCUGAAUCUGGUCAGUGCUAAUCGGGUUGUAAUUUUUGAUCCAAACUGGAAUCCUGCACAAGACUUGCAGGCCCAGGACAGAUCAUUUCGUUAUGGGCAGAAACGACAUGUUAUAGUUUUUCGUCUUCUUGCUGCUGGUUCUCUUGAGGAACUUGUUUAUUCUCGGCAAAUUUAUAAACAGCAGCUUUCGAAUAUUGCUGUUUCUGGAAAAAUGGAAAAACGUUAUUUCCAAGGUGUCCAGGAUUGCAAGGAAUUUCAGGGUGAGCUAUUUGGAAUCUGCAACCUUUUCCGUGACCUAUCUGACAAGCUUUUCACAAGUGAGAUAAUUGAAAUGCACGAGAAGAAAGGAAAGUAUUUAGCUACUCAGAUGAAUCCACUUAAUCCAGAAAGUGAAAAUUAUAUUACUCCUAUGGAAGCAAGUGAAAUAUCAUUUCAUGGUAAAUCUAAUGAGGCAGCAAUUUUUGAAGAUGAAAAGAAGCUUCAGGAGCUAGGUAUCGUAUAUGCUCACCGUAAUGAGAAUGUUGUCAACAUGGGGCCUGGAAAUUUAGGACAGAAAGAAGCAGGUACACAUGAAAACUUUACCGGGAAGACUUUAUCAAAGACACGAGGCAAUAGCUUGGAAAGAAUCUAUAAUGUGGGUAGACUUUCUUCUGAACAGUGGAAGAGGAAUGAAUUCAGAAGCAUUGCCCACAACAUGGGCAUGGCAGAGCUAGAAUUUAGCAAGUGGUUACUCUCGGCAUCACCAUCACAGAGGAUUGAAGUGCUACAGAAUUACAAGAAGAAAAAGAAGCAGAUGAUAGGACCUAUGAGGCUACCCAAAGACAAAUAGAGAAUUUAGAUCCGUGUCUUGUACCUAUUCUUUGUAUUGCCCUCCUAGAAACUGAGAAUCCUAGGGAACUAGAAGAAAACAGCAAAAGCGUGAUGGACAAGAGAAGAUGUUUGAUAAACCAUAUACUGUAUGGUUAUGAGCUGUAAUUAAAUAAAGAUGCUUCUGCUCCUGCCUGUACAUAAAUAAAAUAUGUUUUAUUUGUUGGUUUAGGUUCUUAA